ACGCAAAAAAUGUACUUUAGUUCAUGAAAAUAAUUUUUCUAUGUUAUUCUUAAAAUAUAACAAUACAAAUUUUCUCAUGACGGAAAUUUAUAAAAUUAUAUUAAAAAAUUACAUUAUUAAUAUUUUUUACUCAGAUAAACAAAGUUUAAGGUUAAAAUACUUUAGUAAAUUCAUAUACAAUUGGAACUGUUAAUGGUUAAAUAUUAAAGUAGUUCAAUUUUGAUCAAUGGUUUAUUUAUUGCAUUAGCAGACAAAAGAAGUUUGCAAAUUAACAUAAACAAGUUAUGAAUGUAUUUUCAAUUAUAAAAGAUUUUAAUGAGCAGUUUCAUUUUGGCAUUAUAGGGGGCGAAAAUUUCUCAAAGUAGCGGUUUUAUUAGGUUAUGGUAGGUUGUUUACAUCGCAUAUGCGUAAUUUGAAACGCGAGAUGAAGUAUCAAAACGUAAUUCUCUUAUCGUUUCGAAUAAUUAAGUAAUGUAUGUAUGUAUGUAAAUCUAUUAUUAUAUCUUCUAUUCCCAGGAAAAGAAAUUUUAUAAACAAAAUUACUUCAUUGACAGAGAAACUUAGUGAUGAGACAGUUUUUAGUGGGUUAAUACAUAAUAAAUAUUCAUGUAAUACAACAAAAAAUUUUGAUACAAUGAAUGAUAUAUAUACUUUCGUGGGAAAAAAUUCAAAUAAUAAUGUACAUUAUAAGAUGCAAAAACAUGACAUUAAAAAACACGUAGGCACAUUUCAAAAAGAUAGUAAGGAUAAAGGAAGGAGAGUUGAUAAUCAAGAAGGUGAUAUAAAUAUGAUUGAUAGUAGUAGCAGCAUAAAGAAUAAACUAAAACAAGUUCAAGAUAAUAUGAGAAAAUGCAAAAAAAGUGAAAAACGAACAAACAGGAAAAUAAAAAGGAAAACAAUAGGAAAACAGGAAAAUAAAAAGACGCAGAAGACUGUUCAAAAUUUUAAGCCUUAUAUUAUAGGAAAAGUAGGAGAGCUAAAAGAUAAACUUUUAGAAUAUCAGUUCCACAUAAUUAAGAUACAAUCAAACUAUACUACAGAAGAUAUAGUAACAUUGGAGGAUGCUAAUCAUACAGUAUUCAUUUUCAAUAGUAUUAUGAGCAAAUUAAAAGAGGAACUAUCUCAACUACAAGAAGAAUUAAAAGAUUCUUAUAUUGAGUGGAUUAGAAUCAUUAAUAGUUGUAAUCGUACUGUUUCAAAUGAACAGGAUAAAUGGGCUAUUAGUAGUAAUGAUCUGGAAAUAGUAGGAAGUGAAACAACUUCACAAAGUAGCAGUUACAAUGAAAUAUUUUCAACAAAUGCUUAUAAAAAACAAUCAUCAAACAUAAAUAAAAGUUCAGAGAAGAACAUUUGGGAGAGAAAUAAUAAUACUAUACUUCAGCAGAAUAUUAGACAAGAUAAGAAUAAUGAAAUAUCAUCAAACACAAUGGAUACUAACAUCAUAAAUACAAAGCAGACCUCAAAUCAAACUGGUAACAACAAUGAUAUUUUACAAAGUGGACAAAAUCCAUCAUCCAUGUUCAAUAAAUUAAAAGAUACUAACAUAACUAAAGCACUUAGAACAUAUUCUACAGUGGAAAAGAAAAGUACAAAUUACACACUAAAUAAAAAUUCAUCAUGUCAAAAUAUCACAGAUACAUUGAAGCAGUUAGGUGAUCAUGAACGAGUUUUAGUUCAAAAUGGGCCAAUAACAAGGAAAAGACGGUUAACAGAUUAUGACAGUGAUAUAAGUAAUAAGCAUGGCAUAGUGUCUUUGUAUAGUUCAAGAAACAUGUGUACACAAGACAUUAAACAGGUAGAUGUAAGUGAAGACACAUAUUCUGAAGACUCUGAAAGUUUAAUUUUUGAACCUAUUCCAUUCAAUAAUUCAGAAGUUCUAACACCAAGACCUGAUUCAGAUGAAAGAGAUACCUUUCGAUCUAACAAAAUACUUAAUUUUAAUAUACGUUUAAAAGCUGAAAGUAACCAUGAUUCUCAAAUUGUAUUGAAAAAACCUGUUGCUCUUUUAAACACAAACAAUUCAAAUGGAAAGUAUUGGAUAAAAUCCACUCAACAUAAAAUCUUUAAUUCAAACGGAAGUUCAGUAAAUCAGAUUGAAUCUAAUAUGGAUAAAAAGUUACAAAUGAUAUGCCAAGUGGUAUUACAUAAAUACAUACAGUAAUUAAGUUAAUAUUGAUAAUUACGAUUUUUUGUGUUUUAUUUUUGUCUCUUAACUCCUCAAGUGGAGAAAAAAUUUUUGUAAGUCAUUCGUACAGUAAAAGUAUAAAAUGUUCUUACUGUUUACUGGCGGAUAUAUAGGUUGGGCCCAAUGAACAAUUAACCAAAGCCGAUCUCCGUUUUACCCGUUUAGGGGAUCAAUUAGUACUGUUGAAGCAUAGCUGCUAUGAUAAUUUGUGUUAAGAAAUUAUCCAUAUUUACCUUUGGUUUUUUAUUUUGUAAUUUAUAUAAAGCUCACAUAAAAAUGAAUAUUAUAUAUUAUUAUUAUAUAAGUUUAUGAAUAUUAUAUAAGUAGAAGUUUAUUUUAUA